AUCCGAACCUGUCACGUACGCCAGCAUCUGUCUGCCCCUCAGAUUUCGACUGCUUGGCCCCCAGCCUUCACCCGGACACUGUCCAUCCAUCACUCUCCCAUUCUCACCUGCCUCAACCCCUCCCACGCCUUCCCACCCACCUGCUGGCCAUCACACCUGCUGGCCAUCACACCGUGGCCAUCACGAACCUCUUUUCCCUGUCUCCGCCUUCCUCCCCCUGCUUCCCCCAACCUGCUACUCUUAUAGGGACCCACGGACUCAUCCCCUACAGCACUGUCUCCCACAUCCCUCCUCCCAUUAUCCGCCUUCAGUUACCACCCCCCGUCCCCUCCCAAGCUCUGAUUCCAUUUUCUCAUCCAGCUUCCAUUCGCAUCCGAAACGGUGUAUUCCAUCCAUUCAGCGGCGCAUUAUUCGCACCUGCAUCACCUACGCCCCACCAACUUCGCCCCCUUAUGGCACCAUCUCCCACGCCCCUCUCAUCAGCCACUGUGCUGUUUACCCUUCCCUCCUCUCCCUCACAACCCGCUCACCUCUCCCCCUCCCUCUUCCCCUCCACCACCUCCGCACCUGCCUCUCCCACACCGACUUCUGCCCCACCAACUCUCCUGCCCCUACGCCACUGCCGCACUGUUCACCUCUGCAGCAGCACGCUAGAGGCUGCUGAGCCUGCGGACGUUGAAGAGAAGACAAGCUCUGUGGGCGGAGCUGGGCUGGGCUGUUGGGUGCCCCGUUUGAGGGCAGACGAGCAGAGGGGGAGAAAGAUGUGUGUUGGAGGAGUUUGA